CGCACUCCCGGAAGUGGCUCUGCGGCUGCUUGCCCGGCCCCGGGCCGUGCUAGCUGCAGCAGCUCUGGGCGAAUCCGGCCCAGGCAUCGCCAUGACCAGCGAACUAGACAUUUUCGUGGGCAACACGACCCUUAUAGAUGAAGACGUGUAUCGCCUCUGGCUGGAUGGUUACUCAGUGAACGAUGCGGUGGCUCUGCGAGUACGCUCCGGAAUACUGGAGCAGACAGGCGCCACCGCAGGAGUGCUGCAGAGCGACACCAUGGACCACUACCGCACCUUUCACAUGCUUGAGCGACUGCUGCAUGCGCCGCCGAAGCUGCUACACCAGCUCAUCUUCCAGAUCCCUCCCUCCCGACAGGCGCUCCUCAUUGAGAGGUACUACACCUUUGACGAGGCCUUUGUUCGGGAGGUCUUGGGCAAGAAGCUGUCCAAGGGUACCAAGAAAGACCUGGAUGACAUCAGCACCAAAACUGGAAUUACACUCAAGAGUUGCCGUAGGCAGUUUGACAACUUUAAGCGAGUCUUCAAGGUGGUGGAAGAAAUGCGGGGCUCCCUGGUGGAUAAUAUCCAGCAACACUUCCUCCUCUCUGACCGCCUAGCCAGAGAUUAUGCAGCCAUCGUCUUUUUUGCCAACAACCGAUUUGAAACAGGAAAGAAAAAGCUACAGUACCUGAGCUUUGGUGACUUUGCCUUCUGUGCUGAGCUUAUGAUCCAGAACUGGACCCUUGGAGCCGUCGGUGAGGCCCCCACUGACCCAGACUCCCAGAUGGACGACAUGGAUGUGGACUUAGACAAGGAGUUUCUCCAAGACUUGAAGGAGCUCAAAGUUCUAGUAGCUGACAAGGACCUUCUAGACUUGCAUAAGAGCCUGGUGUGUACUGCCCUCCGGGGAAAGCUGAGUGUCUUCUCUGAGAUGGAAACCAACUUCAAGAAUCUGUCCCGGGGGCUGGUGAAUGUGGCUGCCAAGCUGACCCACAAUAAGGACGUCAGAGACCUGUUUGUGGACCUUGUAGAGAAGUUUGUGGAACCCUGCCGUUCUGACCACUGGCCACUGAGUGAUGUGCGGCUCUUCCUCAACCAGUAUUCACUGUCUGUCCACUCCCUGGAUGGCUUCCGGCACCAGGUCCUCUGGGACCGCUACAUGGGUACCCUCCGUGGCUGCCUUCUGCGCCUCUAUCAUGAUUAGCGCCCUCCCCCCCCCCAUUCCGGCAUACCCUGACAAUAAAGUUGCCAUACAUUUGGAAACUG